AGGUGUGUCAGUGUGCGCAGCGUGCUGCUUCAUCCAAGAACGACCAGCCGACGAGCGAGCCUAUCGUAAAGCUCUCUCCUUUUCUCGCGGCCGGCGCGGCCUCACUCCCUUGUCUCCACUCUCCCGGCGGAGACGGAGCCUCGAAACGAACCCGAUGCCGAUGCGCCUCCACCACCUCCUCCUCGUCCUCCUCGCCACCGCCGCCGCGGUGGCGGGGGCUGCCGCUGCCGGCGCGGGCGCGGACGCGGACGCGCUGCUGGCGGCGAAGGCGGCGCUGUCGGACCCGGCCGGCGCGCUGGCGUCCUGGACGAACGCCACUAGCACCGGCCCCUGCGCGUGGUCCGGCGUGACGUGCAACGCGCGCGGCGCGGUCAUCGGGCUGGACCUCUCCGGCCGGAACCUCUCGGGCGCCGUCCCCGCCGCCGCGCUGUCCCGCCUGGCGCACCUCGCGCGCCUCGACCUCGCCGCGAACGCGCUCUCGGGCCCCAUCCCGGCGCCGCUGUCCAGGCUGCAGUCCCUCACCCACCUCAACCUCUCCAACAACGUGCUCAACGGCACCUUCCCGCCGCCGUUCGCGCGCCUGCGCGCGCUCCGGGUGCUCGACCUCUACAACAACAACCUCACCGGCCCGCUCCCGCUCGUGGUCGUCGCGUUGCCGAUGCUCCGCCACCUCCACCUCGGGGGGAACUUCUUCUCCGGCGAGAUCCCGCCCGAGUACGGCCAGUGGCGGAGGCUGCAGUACCUCGCCGUUUCCGGGAACGAGCUGUCCGGGAAGAUUCCUCCGGAGCUCGGCGGCCUCACCAGUCUCAGGGAGCUCUACAUUGGCUACUACAACAGCUACUCCAGCGGGAUACCGCCGGAGUUCGGCAACAUGACGGAUCUCGUCCGCCUCGACGCCGCCAACUGCGGGCUCUCCGGCGAGAUUCCGCCGGAGCUCGGGAAUCUCGAGAACCUCGACACGCUCUUCUUGCAGGUGAACGGGCUCACGGGCGCCAUCCCGCCGGAGCUGGGCCGGCUCAGGAGCCUCAGCUCCCUCGACCUGUCCAACAACGGGCUCACCGGCGAGAUUCCAGCGAGCUUCGCCGCGCUCAAGAACCUCACUUUGCUCAACCUCUUCCGCAACAAGCUCAGGGGCAGCAUCCCCGAGCUCGUCGGCGACCUGCCCAACCUCGAGGUGCUGCAACUCUGGGAGAACAACUUCACCGGCGGCAUCCCGCGCCGUCUCGGCCGCAACGGACGGCUCCAGCUGGUCGACCUCUCGUCCAACAGGCUCACCGGCACCCUCCCGCCGGAGCUCUGCGCCGGGGGCAAGCUGGAGACGCUCAUCGCGCUCGGCAACUUCCUCUUCGGCUCAAUUCCGGAAUCUCUGGGGAAAUGCGAGGCACUCUCCCGCAUCCGCCUCGGCGAGAACUACCUCAAUGGCUCCAUCCCGGAAGGCCUCUUCGAACUGCCGAAUCUGACACAGGUUGAGCUGCAGGACAACCUCCUGUCCGGUGGCUUCCCGGCGGUGGCCGGCACCGGCGCGCCAAAUCUGGGGGCCAUCACUCUCUCCAAUAACCAGCUCACCGGCGCGCUGCCAGCGUCCAUUGGGAAUUUCUCAGGUUUGCAAAAAUUGCUUCUCGACCAGAAUGCAUUCACCGGCGCAGUGCCGCCGGAGAUUGGCCGGCUGCAGCAGUUGUCUAAGGCUGACCUGAGCGGCAAUGCGCUGGACGGCGGCAUGCCGCCGGAGAUUGGAAAGUGCCGGUUGCUCACCUACCUGGACCUCAGUCGGAACAACCUGUCUGGGGAGAUACCGCCGGCCAUCUCCGGCAUGCGAAUACUCAACUACCUGAACCUGUCCCGGAACCACCUUGAUGGAGAGAUACCGGCAACCAUUGCUGCAAUGCAGAGCCUCACGGCCGUCGACUUCUCCUACAACAACCUGUCUGGCCUUGUGCCGGCGACUGGGCAGUUCAGCUACUUCAAUGCGACGUCCUUCGUCGGCAACCCGGGACUGUGUGGGCCGUACCUUGGACCAUGCCAUUCUGGUGGCGCCGGCACAGGCCAUGGUGCACACACCCAUGGUGGCAUGUCCAAUACCUUCAAGUUGCUCAUCGUCCUCGGCUUGCUUGUCUGCUCCAUUGCGUUUGCUGCCAUGGCAAUCUGGAAGGCCCGGUCACUGAAGAAGGCCAGCGAGGCACGUGCGUGGAGACUCACUGCGUUCCAGCGCCUUGAAUUCACUUGCGACGAUGUGCUAGAUAGUCUGAAGGAGGAGAACAUCAUUGGCAAAGGUGGAGCUGGGAUUGUGUACAAGGGGACAAUGCCAGAUGGUGAGCAUGUUGCAGUGAAGCGGCUUUCGUCGAUGAGCCGUGGCUCGUCGCAUGACCAUGGGUUCUCUGCUGAGAUUCAGACUCUUGGGAGGAUCCGGCACCGCUACAUUGUGAGAUUGCUUGGCUUCUGCUCGAACAAUGAGACAAAUCUGCUUGUGUACGAGUUUAUGCCCAAUGGGAGCCUGGGGGAACUACUCCAUGGCAAGAAAGGUGGCCAUCUCCACUGGGACACUCGUUACAAAAUCGCUGUUGAGGCUGCCAAGGGGCUCAGCUACCUCCACCAUGAUUGUUCACCGCCAAUCCUGCAUCGUGAUGUUAAAUCAAACAACAUCCUGCUUGAUUCAGAUUUUGAGGCACACGUUGCUGAUUUUGGGCUCGCCAAGUUCUUGCAGGACUCCGGCGCAUCACAGUGUAUGUCUGCCAUUGCCGGCUCCUAUGGCUAUAUUGCUCCAGAGUAUGCAUAUACCCUCAAGGUCGAUGAGAAGAGCGAUGUCUACAGCUUUGGUGUCGUGCUUCUUGAGCUUGUCACCGGAAAGAAGCCAGUAGGGGAGUUUGGGGACGGUGUCGACAUUGUCCAGUGGGUCAAGACGAUGACGGACGCAAACAAGGAGCAGGUGAUCAAGAUCAUGGACCCCAGGCUGUCGACCGUGCCAGUGCACGAGGUGAUGCAUGUCUUCUACGUCGCGCUGCUCUGUGUCGAGGAGCAGAGCGUGCAGCGGCCUACGAUGCGGGAGGUGGUGCAGAUGCUCAGUGAGCUUCCCAAGCCAGCUGCAAGGCAAGGAGAUGAACCUCCCAGCGUUGAUGAUGAUGGUUCCGCGGCGCCGUCUGAUGCUCCAGCAGGAGAUGGAUCUGUUGAAGCGCCACAUGACGAAGCCACUAACGAGCAGCAGCCGCAACCGAUCUCGCAGUCUUCGCCGACUACUGAUCUCAUCAGCAUGUGAGAGCUGUGCCACGCUUGGUUUCUCUCAUUCCUAUGUUUCCUUGUAAUGGUGAAAUUCGGAUGUUUGAAUAUUUCUAGCUUAGGGCCUGGUGUUUUAGGUCUCUGCACUUAAUUAGGGUGGUGUGAGAUUUCAGAUAUCUUGUGUUUAUCCAUCUGCAUUUAGGUAGGCUGUAGGGUGUGUGUGAAAUCUAGGCCCCAGAAUUUCUGGUGUGGUAUGCAUCAUAGCCUCUUAGGACACUGUUCUGGAUGUACAUAUCAAGCCUCCUAAUCUCCAUUUUGCUGUUAGAAUUGAAGAACCAUUUAGGGGGCUAGGAGUCUAGGAUUCUGGAGCAAUCAAGUUCGUUAAUGUUCCUGUUGUACUUGUGUUAAUGUUAAGGUGAGCACCCCAGCAUUCAUA